AUGAUUUCAGCUUUGUUCAUUCUUAAUCUCAAAGGUGAAGUCUUGAUCAGUAGGUUAUAUCGUCCAGAUGUCAAACGUUCAAUCGCCGAUAUCUUUCAAAUUCGCGUGAUCUCAAAUCCAGAUGUACGAUCACCUAUUAUCACCUUGGGAUCUACUUCAUCCUUUCAUGUUAGACAUCAAAAUUCAUAUUUAGCUGCUGUCACUAAAACCAAUGCAAAUGCUGUGAUCGUCUUUGAAUUUCUCUAUCGAUUGAUUAAUUCAACUUGCAGUUAUUUUGGUAAGAUGGAUGAAGAAUCAGUUAAAAAUAACUUUGUUUUCAUUUCUGAAUUACUGGAUGAGACAUUGGAUUUUGGGUAUCCUCAGAAUAGUGAAAUUGAUACCUUGAAGAUUUACAUCACCACAGAAGGUGUUAAAUCUGAACAAGCUGUCAUUACUAUUCAGGCUCCCGGUGCUACUUCUUGGCGAAGGCAUGAUGUCAAAUAUCGAAAGAAUGAAGCAUUUGUUGAUGUAAUCAAAACUGUCAAUUUGAUCAUGUCUGCUGAAGGAAGCGUUCUUCGGUCCGAUAUUGAUGGUCAAAUCCUACUGCGAGCGUACCUUUCAGGUACACCAGAAUGUAAAUUUGGUUUGAACAACAAAUUAGUACUUGAGAACACUGAUCAAGCCAAGGCUAUGGGUGCAAGUCAUGAUGAUAGUUCAGUGGAAUUAGAUGACUGUCAAUUUCAUCAAUGUGUCAAAUUCGGCCAGUUUGAUUCCGAUCAAACCAUUAGCUUUAUUCCACCUGAUGGAGACUUCGAGUUGAUGAGACAUCGAUCUACCCACUCAUUAGUUCAAGAAUCAAUAAAUCAUCAAGACUGA